CGUUCCAUCGAAUUUCUCCCUCCUCUCAUUAGAUGUUUCUUACCGGUGCUUUCUGAGGGAUGGUGAACUACCAGGUUGCCAUCAACCCAAACUACCUUAGACUCACAAGGGAGCCCUUGCCCUCACCGACCGCAUGCCGCUAAGGCGAGUAGCACUUCUUAUUGGGCGUGAGUUCCUGUCAAUCUCCAGGUUUUCCCCAAUCGGAGACCCGGUCCAUACACCGUUCCUCAUUGGCUUACGGGCAGCGGAAGGUGGAAGAACAGCUGAUAAGCGAAGGUCGCGCGAGAGCGGCGCUCAGUGCUCAGUGCGCAGGCGCGAAAGACCUGGCUAGGACCCGGACCAGGGGCGGGCUUGAAGACGCGUCGUUUGCCUUUGGAGACUGUGACUGAGCUCCCCGAGUUCAACCGCGGGGCGGAAAGCUUUUGUCAGGGACUGGCCAAGAACGCGGCCCGCGAGAUACCCGAUGGUGUCCAUGACUUUCAAGCGGAGCCGCAGCGACCGGUUCUAUAGCACCCGGUGCUGCGGCUGUUGCCAUGUCCGCACCGGGACGAUCAUCCUGGGGACCUGGUACAUGGUGGUAAACCUGUUGAUGGCAAUUUUGCUGACUGUAGAGGUGACUCAUCCAAACUCAAUGCCAGCUGUCAACAUUCAGUAUGAAGUCAUUGGAAAUUACUAUUCAUCUGAGAGAAUGGCCGAUAAUGCCUGUGUCCUUUUUGCCGUCUCUGUUCUUAUGUUUAUCAUCAGUUCAAUGCUGGUAUAUGGAGCAAUUUCUUAUCAAGUGGGUUGGCUGAUUCCAUUCUUCUGUUAUCGGCUUUUUGACUUUGUUCUCAGUUGCCUGGUUGCUAUCAGUUCUCUCACUUAUUUGCCAAGAAUCAAAGAAUAUCUGGAUCAAUUACCUGAUUUUCCCUACAAAGAUGAUCUCCUGGCAUUGGACUCCAGCUGCCUGCUAUUCAUUGUUCUUGUGUUCUUUGUGGUAUUUAUCAUUUUUAAGGCUUAUCUAAUUAACUGUGUUUGGAACUGCUACAAAUAUAUCAACAACAGAAAUGUGCCAGAGAUUGCCGUGUACCCUGCCUUUGAAGCACCUCCACAGUAUGUUUUGCCAACCUACGAAAUGGCAGUGAAGAUGCCCGAGAAGGAACCACCGCCUCCUUACUUACCUGCCUGAAGACGCUCUGCCUCUGUCAAUAAACCCUAUACCAGCUUCUUGUCUUGUUUAUUUUACAGAGUGCUGCAUUACAGGGCUCUUCAAACUUGUUUGAUAUAAAAUACAUUGUCUUUUGUCUAAGCAUUUAUUUUCAAACACUAAGAAGCUUUUUGAACAUUCAUUAAGUCUUUUUGUUUUUUGUUAAAGUCUAUUACAAUUUAAUACUUUUCAGAGACAAUCUAGCAUAAAAAGAACAAAGUGCCAUUGUAUGCCUUUAACUGGGGGUGGGGAGGGAGUAUUCUCCACAUAUUUUCUUUUUUAACUUUGCACUUUCUUUAUAUAAUGGUUUGUAUCUUGGUUAUUUGCUGCCCUGGAUAAUUUCAGGAAGAUUGAAUUCAGUAUUCAGGAUGAAUGAAUUGGGUAUAAGAUCUGAAGUUUUCAGCUAGCUGUAAAAACAGGAAAGAUACAUAACAUUUGACUGGACCGUGGAAGAUGAUGAUUGCAUGUUUCUAAUUUGUAUGUUUCCAUCUUUGUGAUAAGAUGCUUUAAUAAAUCUCUUAAAUAUUUA